CACUGAAUAUCAUGAAAUGAUCCGGGACGAAUUGAAGGUUAUAGAAACUAUGAUUGAACGAGAAAGAUGUAGAGCGGCUGAAGGCUGGCAACUUUAAGUAUAUUUUGUCACAUCCUGAACAGCUAAUAAAGCCUGAAGUGAAGAGACUGCUGAUGUCACACCCAUUGGCAAAUAGAAUAACAAACAUGGUUGUGGAUGAAGCCCACUGUAUCCUGUCAUGGGGUGCAUCAGAAUUCAGACCGGCAUAUAAAAAGCUUGGGAUGCUGAGAGCUGUUGUGCCCAAUGUAAAAGUUUUGGCGCUGACUGCAACAGCAACAUUAAAAGGCCAAGAGGAAAUAAUUUCCAGUCUACAUAUGCAUGACACAAAGGUUAUUUCAGCGUCACCAGACAGAACAAAUGUAUUCCUCGAGGUGAAAAGAGACCCCUUCAAGUGGGUGAUGAAACAGCUAUUGUGGAAGAGAUGGCAGUUACUGAAAAAACAAGAAACCCCAAACCAAAAUGUAAAUGCUUGCCGCAAGCUUGCUGCAAGCUUGCGGCAAGCUUGUGACAGGCUUUUUAACGGCUGA